GUUUUGCUGAUGACGAGUCGUGCCGACACAAAACACGCUGCAGCCAGCCUCAUAGGAUGCUGAUCAGGCUGAAAAUUCGACUAGGAACUUUCUGAAUCGCUGCGGUUCUUCUGACCCUAUUUUUAUCGGGUCCAAUGCCAGUUUCACGGAGCUCUCGGUCAAUUUCCUGUCUUCCUGGCCGUCGUUACUAUGUCAGAGACCGCGUCGCCCGGGCCAACGCAAGCAAGCUCGGGUGCCACCAACGGCGAAAAUGGCCACGACGAUGAACGACCAUCAACCCCGACCCGCGAGGUUACGAGCCCUGUCAUCUCUACUAAUAAUAAGACGGAGACGGCCAUCAGCAAUGAUGGAAAGGACCUCGCAGCGAACCCAGACCCCCUCGAGACCGAACAUCAUGCCUCCCCACCGCCCGCAAAACGCCGCCGAGUUCGCGAUACAACACCCCUCAGCGCGACACGGCGACCAAAGCCUGAAUCUCCUCCAUGGAAGAAGGUCGUUGCAGAAGGCCCGUCAUCCUUCCGCGACGGUGGCAAGAGAAGGUCUGGACGGAUCAACACAGUGCCUCUAGAGCUCCAAGCGGGGGAUAAAAGAAUAACGCGAAGGGCUCUCCAUCACAACCUCCAAGACAGUCCCCCGAAGAACCCAUACGCUUCGGCCAAUGGCCGGACGCCUUCGUCCCGACCCCCCGCAACCUCCUCCAGUGCUUCGAAACGGCCGACUUCAUCCGCGUCAAAACAGCCGCCACCCAGCAAGCCUCCGUCGCGAAAGGCAGUGGCCAGCGAGUCCAAGCCUACCCGAAAGGCCCCUCGACGCUCCCCAUCACCCAAACCUCCAAGUACCCCGCAGAAGGCAGCCUCCGGAACUCGAAGGAGCGCGCGACACGCCCGUGACAGUAAUGGAGCCGGGGAUACUCCUCGAACGACGCCCCGGAUCAAGCUCAAGGCUCGCCCUCCGCUCACGGAAGCCCCCCUCGUCCACCGCGAGCAGGCAAACAUACGGCCGAAACUUGGACCAAGCUUCGAGGAAUAUUUCCGACGGGCUGCCGACAUCCCCGUCGAAGAAGGCGGCAUGAUGACCGCUGACGAUCUCCCGCGAUAUACCGACGAGAUGGCUCAGUCCGAAGCUCGCACGAUACUUCGGGUACAGAAGGAGGUAGAGCCGGGCGGUAUCUUGUCCGAGGGGAAAUGCUCCCUCUUCGAGCCCGAAGCCGAGGAAGAACCACCAAGGCAGUGGGCACAUAUGGAUCAUCUUACAAAAGCAAUGACGAACUUCCGCAGGUUGCUAUUCAUCGAACAGCAGCGCCACCGUGCAGCCGCGAAGAAGCUGGCCUUGGCUUGCGAAGCUGAGUGGAAGCGGAGAAACCCACAGCCCAAGACGGCCGAGGAUAUAGAGAGGGAAGAGAGAGUGAAGGCCGAACUGAGGUGGAGACAAGUCACGAAAGCGAUCACAGGUACUUGGGAGAAUAUCAAGGCCGAGGUCAAUCGCCGGCGCCUGGCGGAAUGGGAGGUGCAAGAACAGCGACGAGUCAAGGCUGCGCUUAACGAAGCCGUCAACCUCUCCGAGCAGAAGCUCCAAGCUAGACAAACACGCCUCGAUACGGAUGAGCUGACUGACGACAUGGUUGAGGAGGGCGAGGAGGAAGAGGAAGACGCUGGUUCCGAUGAUGACGAGGACGGCCUGCUCUCUGACAUCUCGAUGGAAUCUGCCGACGCUUCGGGCGAGGAUGAGAGCAACAUGUCGUCGUCAGAUGAUGACGAGGAUAAGAACUCCGUCAUAUCUGACGAAGGGUUGACCCAAGAGCAACUGCUGGAAAAGUACGCCAACUUGCCCGAACUCGAACCAAAGGGCGAUGGCGCAGACGAUGUGCCAGGUGACGAUAUCGGAGUUGGUGUUGCAGAAACAGAGGCAGAUGAUACGAGUGACGAGUCGAUCGACAUGGACGACGACCUCGGAUCGUCUGACGACGAGAUGGAUAGUGACGAUGAUGAGGAUGGCUCGGAAAGUGACGGAGAGGAUACGGAUCAGGACGAGCCCAGUGGCCUGCUAGGGCUCGUCUUCGGCAAGUCCGAACUCGAAAAAAUGAAGGUCGAGGCAUCGGCAGAGCCAACAGAACUCGGGGACGUUGCGGAUGUGGAGGAUGUGGACAUGGUCGAUGCCGAUACUCCUCAAGCCAAUGGACAGCCCGCAACGCCGCUUUUGAAUGGUGUGUCGGAUGCAGCUGCCAGCACCACCGAGAAUGUUGGCAAAGUUGGGGAGCCUGCAGCACCCGGUGAAGCAGUCCUACAAUCCCCUCUGCCAACCUCUACGCUUAAUGAAGCCACCGACCCUGUCUCUGCCUCCACGGCGGCACUCGAGCCGAAAAUCGCGGGAACCACGGAUAAAACCGCUGCCGACACGUCCAUGACUGAUGGCCCCGUCAAUGAUGAAGCUCCCAGUAGUCGGCAGUCGGUACCGGAGGUCGAGAUCACAGCCGCUCCCAUUAGCCCUGAACAGCCCAGUCCAGGAACUGAUGCGAUAACCACCAUUCCUACGCCUUCGAGAAGUCAAACACCGAGAACCUCGGACACCAAAGCAUCGGAUGUCGAGACUACGGUUUCCGUUGAACUACUCGGUGCGCAGAAGCCUGACAGUCGCUCCAUCUCUCCCCAGCCUGGGAUCCCAAAGACCGAGAUACCAUUUCUUCUCCGGGGAACGCUCCGAGAAUACCAGCAUUAUGGCCUGGACUGGCUUGCCGAUCUCUACGCGAACAAUACUAACGGCAUUCUCGCCGACGAGAUGGGACUGGGGAAGACCAUCCAGACAAUCGCACUGCUUGCACACCUCGCCUGCCACCAUCAAGUAUGGGGUCCGCAUCUCGUGAUAGUGCCCACCAGCGUUAUACUGAAUUGGGAGAUGGAGUUCAAGAAAUGGUGUCCGGGGUUCAAGAUCCUCACAUAUUAUGGCAACCAAGAGGAGCGCAAACGCAAGCGGCACGGUUGGACGAACGACGACGUGUGGAAUGUCUGCAUCACCUCGUACCAAAUAGUCCUGCAAGAUCAGCAGGUCUUCAAACGUCGGCGCUGGCACUACAUGAUCCUCGACGAGGCCCACAACAUCAAGAACUUCAAGUCCCAACGAUGGCAGACCCUGCUCGGAUUCAACACGCAUUCCCGGCUCCUGCUCACCGGCACGCCACUCCAAAACAACCUCACUGAGCUCUGGUCCCUGCUCUUCUUCCUAAUGCCACCCGAGAACGGCGAGGGAGGCUUUGCAGACCUGAAAGAGUUCCAUGACUGGUUCCACAAACCAGAGUCGCAGAUUCUGGAGAACGGGAGGGAGCAGAUGGAUGAUGAAGCCCGAGCGAUCAUUUCGAAACUGCACAAGGUCCUCCGGCCCUACCUCCUCCGGCGGCUGAAGGCCGAUGUCGAGAAGCAGAUGCCAGCCAAAUACGAGCAUGUCGAGUUCUGCCGCCUCUCCAAGCGGCAGCGAGAGUUGUACGACGGCUUCCUCUCCCGGGCCGAUACAAGGGACACUCUGACCUCUGGCAACUAUCUGUCCAUCAUCAACUGUCUCAUGCAGCUCCGAAAAGUGUGCAACCACCCAGACCUCUUUGUCGACCGGCCGAUCAUGACCUCGUUCCGAAUGCAGAGGUCUGUGCCCGCAGAGUACGGCGUCACGGAGCAGGUCGUCCGACGAAAGUUGCUGAUGGAGAGACCAAUGAGCGUCGCCAGCCUGAGCUUCCUCAACAUGAUCCCAACCAAAUACGAGGGCUUGUCGAACACCAACACCGACAGGAUCGCCCAGCUUAGCUCCCAUCGAAUCCUUCUGGAUCUCAGGGACGCCCAGAAAGCGCGAGCUCAGUAUGCCUAUACAUCCUUGGAUCCGGCCUCCGUCAAGUCCAACCUCGUGUAUCUUGAAAGCGCGGCGAGAUGGGGAAGGUUCGAGGAGCUUCAGCAUUGCGUUUACCUCAAUGCGCUGCGCCGCCAACAACGGCCCAUAUACGGCAAGCGCCUGGUCGAGCUCCUGACUCUCGAUACCGACAAGCGACCGUACAAGCAGCGGCCCAAGAUACCGCAGAAGAUCAUGAGCUGGUUUGAAGAGGACUCCUUCCUGCUGCGCAACGCGAUUCCCACGCUUCAGCAACGGGCCGAGUCGAUGGAAAUGACAGUCACCAAGUUUGCCUGCGUCACGCCGGCAGUUGUCACGCGCGACUUGGACAGCGUCCUCCUCAGUACCAGCGGUGUCCAGGAUUUCGAGGAUUGGAAUCUCAAGCUCGCGGCGCCGGUGAAGUACGCGCCUUACAUGCCCAGGGAGCCGCCACCGGAUCCGUGGCACGAAGCACGCAUGCGGCUCAGCAUCCAGUUUCCCGACAAGCGCCUUUUGCAGUACGACUGUGGCAAGCUGCAAGCACUCGCCAAGCUCCUGCGCAAACUCCAAGCCGGCGGCCAUCGUGCUCUGAUCUUCACCCAGAUGACCAAGGUGCUCGACAUCCUAGAGCAGUUCCUCAACAUCCAUGGGCACAAAUACCUCCGGCUCGACGGCGCCACAAAGGUGGAGCAGCGGCAGAUCCUGACGGACCGCUUCAACCACGACACCCGCAUCUUGUGCUUCAUCCUCUCCAGCCGCUCGGGUGGUCUUGGCAUCAAUCUCACGGGUGCCGACACGGUAAUCUUCUAUGAUCAGGACUGGAACCCAGCCAUGGACAAGCAGUGCCAGGACCGAUGCCACCGUAUCGGCCAGACACGCGACGUGCACAUCUACAGACUGGUCAGCGAGCACACCAUCGAGGCCAAUAUCCUCCGCAAGGCGAGCCAGAAGCAGAUGCUCGACGACGUCGUCAUCCAGGAGGGCGAGUUCACGACGGACUACUUCAAGAAGCUGUCCGUCCGCGAUGUUAUCGGCACCAACGGCGAGGUCGUUGCCAAUGAAGGAGACCUUGCCGCGAAUGAGGCCUUGGAUCGGGUCCUCGGAGGUGCCGACACGGGCGGCGAAAAGAACGUCGGCCGUGUGCUGGAACAGGCCGAGGACCGGGAGGACGUUGCCGCCGCACAUGUUGCGGAGCGGGAGAUCCAGCAGGACGAUGCCGACUUCCAGGAGCAGCGCCAGACGCCCGGCGUAAGCUCUGGUGUGUCUAGUGCGAGGCAAGGGACUCCGAGGGACGGCGUCGAGCCCAUCACCGUCGGGAAGACGGGCCAGUCCGCGCUGGGAUUGCUAUCAGUGACCGCCACAGAUACUCCAGCCCAGGUCGAGGCCGAAGAGGUCGAGCUCAACGCCGACGGCGGGCAGAUGCAUACCAUCGACGACUACAUGCUCAAGUUCAUGGUUGCCGCGCUACAGGGCACGCCGCUUGACCUGCCGAAGGAUAAGAAAAGGGGCAAGAAGAGGGGAAGGGACACGAGGAAGCGUUGACGACGUAACAACAACCACACUCUCUGCCAUGGCGUUUGAUGGGAUCAGUUUGUUUUGGGGAGGGGAGUCUCUCUGUACAGUACGGUUUCAUCUGGCCGGGGCGAUGCAUCCAUGGACGGGUCGUGAGAAACCUUUUGUUUUUGAUCUUGGUUUUAAUCAACGCAUGAAAUGGGGGGAGCAUAGACAAGCGCGAGGGGCAUGGGAUCAUGCAUUAGAGCGAUUGGUGAGGAAUGCGCCGCACCCAUUGCCGGAAAAAAAAGACGAUCAACUGUUGUGGAUGGGGACUGUAUAUUACAAUAAUGAAAGACAAAAUGACCACA